AUGUUACCGUUACAGGCGAACAAUAAAAUCCAUUCUGUACGAGAAUCGGAAGCGCAUCCAGUGAAUAGCGAAGUGGUCAUACGCCUUGCUCAUCAAAUAAGCAAAAACUAUUCGGUGUCGGCUCCACUAUAUUGGCAGCAAGGUGAUCCCUCGCGACCAUUCCCUACGGAACCGGAAUUCCGUGCGUCUGCACUGGCUGCACCGCGAACAAACCCGCCUGUCGUACCACCUACUUUCAGUCUUCUUCGUCAACAAGCAUGUUGCACCGGUUACCAUUUUCAGGGUGGAAUGGGUCGUGUUUCUUCACCAAUGGCAGGAAUGCCACAGAUCCCGAUGCAGGGCAAGGUUUGGAGCCCUCGCACAGGGUAUCAACAAGCCAGCCCGUCUCCUCGUGGCCGUGGAGGCGCUCAAUGGGGCGGUCGUGGGGGUGGGCCAGGCGGUGUGUCACCGUUCCAAAAGAGAACCAGUCAUAUUGGCGAGAACUCUCCGCGCAUGGUUUCACCAACUGUGAACAUCAACUUUGUGAGUCCUCCACCACGAAUGAAUCCUCCGCCAGUGAAUAAGGUGGAACAAAUGAGCAGUGACAGCAGCUCGAGCUCAAGCAGUGAUGACGAAAGCCCGAAAUGA